AUGUGCGGCAGCAGCGCGAGGAGCACGGCAUGCUGCACCCCAAAGGCGGCUCCGCGCUCUUGCAAUAUCCUUUUCUCUUGCGAGCCGAUAGACAUCGAGCCCGCGGACGCGAUUCUCAUGACCCCCGCGGCGCGUGAGUUGCAGCCUCUGACGGGCCAGAGGGCGCCGCGUGACGCGCCACCCCCCGUGGAGAAGCAGGCUGUCACGGCCCUGGUUCGCGCACUCCGCGCCGACUCCUUGGAGCUGGCGGCAGAGGCACUGGAGUUUGACGCAAACGCGGUCCAGAGCUUGUUCUUCGACACCAACUUCCAGACGGCGCUCAACUGCGCCAUCGAGGAGCAUUGCUGCCCCGACAUGAUCCGGCUGCUGCUGGCGCACGGCGCGGACCCGGCCACGCUGGACAGAUGGGGCCGCACCGCCUUGACUGCUUUGAGCGCCACGAGGUGCAGCACGAUCAUCACGUGGUCGGAGGGGAUGGGCUACCCCGACUACGAGCCGAGCCCGGACGCCUGCCUGCGCGACCUGGCGCGCGAGCACCGGGCGUGGGCGCUGCGCGUGGCCGCGGCGCUGCUCGACGCGGGGGCCGACCCAGACCUCCCGGACGAGUCCGGGCGGCUGCCCGCCGAGGUGGCGGAGGCGGCCGGGAAUCGCUGGCUCGCGCGCUAUUGGGCCUGCUGCCGGGAGGCGCGGGCGUGCGCGGUGCUGCGGCAGGGGGCGGCGGCGCCGCCGCACCAGGGCGGCGCGCUCUCGAGGCUCAUGCCCGCGGUCGUCCAGGAGAUCACGGAGUUCUUGCUUCCGGCGGGAGGAUCCGCUCGCUGA